AUGAUAUAGACUUAUUUGUAGAACCUGGUAAAUGCAGCUGAUGCUGAUCAUGUAAACCAGGCAAUAGACAUGCAAUAUUUACAACAUAUGAAAUUUAACACUGGAUCAUACUUGGAAACUAAUUGACAAUAUAUGCAGAAGUUUAGCCAGAUUUUUUUCACUGUAUUAUUCUGUAUCAUGUUUGGUUACCCAUCUAUAGAUACAUUGUAUAUAUCAACAGGUAUUUGAAUUAGGGGGCGUAACGCACCUUUUAAAUGUCCUCAAGUGUGCCAGAUCAGAGUCCCUUCAGUUGCGAGCCUGCCGGACGGUUGCUAACCAGGCGCAACAUCAACCAAGCUGCGAUAUAUUGUUCAAGCUCAAGGCCUCAGACAUGGUCAUUGACAUGCUCAAAAACUGCAAAGAGGAUGAAACCAAAAUAUCUGCAAUAAGGGCGUUGAGGAUGUUAGCAAAUACAGGAGAGCACUCACAGAAGAUUGUUACAAGCAAAGGUAUUCUGCAUUUUUGCAAGGCUGGUUUUGAUGCAGGGGAAGGCUCCUCGAAUGUUGACCUUUUGCGCUCCGCUGUCAAGACACUAGCUCACUUCUCAAGAAUAUCUCAUCCCGCCUGUGUGAGCCAGAUCAUGGAAGGAACAGACAACAUGAUGACGGUCUCAAGGGUCCUGGAAGCCAACACCUCAGACCAGGAGAUAUACGAGUCUGUUAUAAAGACAAUCGUCAACAUUGUCCAGAGCUGCUUCGCCCCGUCACACCUCAGACGAGAAGCACUGGAUGCCCGGGUCUUGGACCGACUCUGCACUGCACAAUUCCCCACCAAAAUAGUGUUGGAACUUCAAAAUCGGAGGGUUCCUGGGUUAGAUGAUGACAAACUCAUCCUAACACUAUGCAAGUUCUGCCAGGGGUCAAACGAAUGCCACAACCUCGCACCCAACUCACUGUCGCAGCCACCGACAUUUAUGGGGCGGGCGUGGUUGCAGCUCAUAGAUUGCGGAGGUGUGGCUAUGCUGGUUGACCUCCUUGUGCGGUACCGUCACCACGCUAAGCUCAGGCCAGCCAUUUUGAAGGCGAUUCUUGGGGUCGAGCAUAAUUAUUCCUUUAGGGAGCCUGUACUGAAGCACUUGCUUGCAGCACAAAUCCUCCCACAGUUAGCAGAACAGUUUGAUGAAGUUAUGACAGAGUAUCGAAAUGUUAGAAGGAAAGCACAACCCAACUCCUGUGUGCACACAUUUCAGACAGAUAAUAUAUCCAUGGCAAAUGAAUUGGAAAUCAAUUUAGAUGUGAAAGUACCAGCAGAGGGAUCAAAUGUACAGGAAAAGCAAAGUGUAUUCUCAAAAAAUGAAAACAAGUUGAAAAGAAAGGAUUUCACAGGAAAGACGGUAGGUUCAGAGUUAGAUAGUAAUCAAGUGAAAGAAUCAAAGUCUAAAGAUUUGAGUGUGAAAAGUGAAAAUGCUAUUGAUUCGGCAAUAGCCAGAAGUGAAGCUGGAGGCAGUCCUCCAAAAGGAAAUAUAGGCAAAGCCAGUUACUCAGCUGUGAAGGGAAAUGGCAAAGUUUUGCAAGAUUAUGCUACCUCAGGCGCAUCAGAUGGGCAUGGUGCAUCUCAUCCAAGGAGCCCAGGACUACAUAGCUUUCCACAGAGUCCUGGAAGUGUGUCGUGUUCUCCUCACAGUCACUACUCCAGCUCGGGUCAUGUCUCACCCACGUGGUCUCCUGCUCAGGAAAACGCAGAGUCGCCCAUCCUUCAGCAGCCCCCCAUUUCCUUCCAGCAGACCUUUGGUUCCAACCCAGGGGUUCCUGUUGUAAUGGACUCUCCUUGUCCUUCAUCUCAUGGGUCUCCCUACGCAUCACCUGUACCCUCCCCCCCUCCCUCAUCCAUGUCUCCCAUCAGAGUCCCAUCUGACUGGGAAUACGAAGAUGAGGAAGAUGCAGAGCCUUUGAAUGAUACAGGGAGAUUCUCACCUGUGAUGCCCCACUUGAGGGCGAAAGAGAUUGAGGACGAGGAAGAGUCCGAAAUUGAUGAGGAUAGCCAGACGAGCCGAGAGUGUGAGAGCAGUGAAAAGGAAGAUGUGCGGACUUUGGAUGUUGAAGUAACCAAUGGUGAUCAUGAGAAAGUUGCAAGUAAGAUUGAGAACGAAGAAGUGAUUGGGGACAUGGAUAAGAAAUUAGUCAUAAGCUCAGGGAAGAGAUUUCGAGAGGCUUCUAGUCCAAACGAUUCAACCUCUCCUGAUUGCAAGAAGUUGAAGUUAACCAUUUUUCCACAGAAUUCUGAAUAUCAGACUAAUUUUGACAAAAGUGUGAGUGAAGAUGAUGAGUCAGCAGUAGUAACCGAGAAUAAAGAUGGCUUCGUAUUACCAGCUGAACCAGAAAAAGAGCAGAACAAUGAACCCAAAUCUCCAUUUGUCAAGUUGAACCAGAUAAAGUUUCGUGUUCGGAAAAAGGGUGUUGCAAGGCAGCAUAUUAACCUGGGAGGCAUCGGAGGAGGGAUUGGUGGAGGAAAAGGCAGUGUUAUACCAAGCUCUAGUCCACUUCAGGAGGUAUCGGGCAGUGAACCACGGAGUUCCAUUCGGGAAAGAAGACCAAGCAGUGUCUCCUCCUUCUCAGCAUAUUCCGAAUUGACGCAGGACGAAGCCGGUGCGCUGGAGCUGUUGGAGUUGUUAGUGAGGAUCAUUGGCCAGGUAGCGCAUGUGAAAGAAGCCAUCCACAAAGUGUGCAUGGAGUUUGUGCCUCGAAUUAUGACCUACCUCUCCUCUGUGCAGGUUGUCCACAAGUCAGCUAUGCGUAUGCUGGUUACCAUUGCCAAAAAUUCCCUCUGCAUCCAGCCACUCCUUGACACCCUAUUCAUCCCAUAUGUGGGGGUUGAGCUGGGGGAGGCAGGUGACCCCGAGUCCCCCAGUGGGUGUCAGCAGUGCCGCAUCAUCUCAGAAGGGGCAGCAGCUUUCUUGGACCAGAUGGUCAACUUCUUCAAUCAUGUCCACAAGUACGGCCACAGCGAAGCCAUCAGCAGACUCCACCCAGCAAAAGACAUUAGGGUUCGUGAAGGAUGUGUCAUGGCCUUGCCACAUGUCACAAGGUGCCCCAAGCUUCUGCAUGAUUUCAUGGUGUGUUAUCCUGCCAUGGACUUGCUCAUGGAAGUCCUGUGUUCGGAGAAGCCUCCCAACGAUGCAGAUUACAUGUAUGCAACAGCAGCUAUAUCAAGACUAGCAAGAACACUGCAGUUGGACAAGCAGGUGAGCCCUGUUAAGUGCUUAGUGUGCUUCCAGAGGGGCAACCACACCCCAGAGGAGGUUGCACAGCACUUCAAGUUGCAGCAGAAGAGCACCAUGACUCCCCAUGAACCCCCACAUAAGGAGGAGCCAGGAGGAAUGACCCCCAGAAGCAAUGAGUCAUCACACACUGACCUACAAGAUAAGUGCAAGUGGGCAAAAGAGAGCAUCCGGGAUGUGACUUUCAAGCUGGAGGAUGGCAGUACAGUGGCUGCCAGCCGGGAACUUCUGGCAGAGAAGAAUGAGGUCCUGCGAAACAUGCUCAUGGGCUCCUUUGUUGAGGGAACCACCUCUUGCAUCACACUGUCUGACGGAAGCAAAGCCUCAUAUGAGAUUCUAAUUCACUUUCUCUAUGGGUGCCGUUGUGAGGUCCUGGACAGUGGUGACAUCAAAACGUAUAUUGAGCUAGUUUUCUUGUCGCAAAUGUACAUGCUGAAUAGCCUGCAGACGUUCGCAAUGGCCAAGAUGAUUUCCUCCAUCAAGGCUGGGAGGGACAUAAUUGCCAUUUACGAAAGUGGUAUAGGGGUCAUUGACGAGAAUUUGAUCCUGCAAGCACUCUGUACUGUCUUGGUAAGGCCAAUGAAGACCUGGAAAAGAGCAAGAUGGCUUAAAGAACUGUUUCAGUCAGAGCAUGCCAGCGACAUCGACCACAAUAUCCGCAUGAUUCUACAUCAUCCUCUGGAUCUGAAUAGACUGAUAUGCAACUGUGAUCAGUCUAAGUCUUUAUAUAGGAUCAGUGAGAGUGAAUAUACCAAGCUGUGUUAAGAGUGAUGUGAAAUUUAUGCAGAAUAUUUAUUGCCUAAUUUUUUAGAGUUUGUUAAAAGAAUUUAUGUGGACCAAAAUCAAUUUGUUCAACACUGGCUUCCUGUGUGUCAUAUUGUUUCUUUUUGUUGUUGUUAUUGUUUACAGACAAGUAAACAUGUGAUAAUAAAAUAUCACAUUUUGACUAUUUAUUCCAUUGAUUUAAAGGAUCAAUGCUGCUUCAUGUUUAUCUUCGAUGAAGACCUUAGUCAGUAGUCAUAAGCUCAAUUAUUGGCAUUUACUUGUGAAUAAGUUGAUACUUAUAUUGUCUGAAUCCUUGCUUUAAAAUAGAAUGUGGCAUUUAUUGCAUGUAAGAAGGAUUGGUUAGCCAAUGUUGAUGUGUUUGUUGUGGAUUUUUUUGGUGAGCCAGAAUUCCUUGUGGUUAUAUAUUCUUUACAUUAUACUUAUUCUUUGAUUUUAAUAAUGUUUUUGGGAGUUUUGAAAAGGUCUCAUCAUCUAAAAUGAGGCAAGUAGUUUGUGAAUAUAAUUAUAAUUGAAUAUGAAUUACGAUGGGCCUCUCUAUAGCAGAAACAAAGCCAAAUUAUAAUGUUUCAAAUUACAGAUGCUUUCAUCAUUUGGAGACAUGGUUCAAUAUUACCUUUGUUUUUAUGAAUCUAAACUGUAAUUAUAAAGUUGUUAGUUAAUUAAGAAAGAAUAUUUGCGUAUCCAUUUGGCUAUGAGACCCUUUUAUGUUUUUAGGUUUUAUGAGAGAUGCAGAAACCAAAACCUAUGCAAAAUAAUAGAGACUGUGUUGAAAGGAGCAGCUGCAUGGUUAUACAGUGAAGGAGUAUAACCAGCAUAUAAGGUGUGAGUAAAAGUAGCCCUUGUUUAUGGGUACGAGUCAUUGUUUUUGCAACACCUUUUGUCAAAUGUGUGAGCUUCCAAUAUGUCAUAGAAACAGGGAUAGGGAGGAGAGGAAGUAGAAGGAGAGACCAAUAUCCAACUGUAACUGUAUGCUGUAACUAUACUGUAGUCAGAUAUGAUAUUGGAACCAUUACUUUUGUUAGUGAUUUGUUAUUAGAUGCUCAGGGAUCUAACUUUAGGUAAGAUCACACAUCAUCAUUAUUGUGACAAUUUUAAACUAUGAUAAAAGUGUUUGUAAGUUUUUUUUUAACAAACCUAUUUUAAGCAUUUUUAAAAAUGCUGUUGAUAUUAGAAUGGCUAAAACUAAAACAAAAAUCAUUCUCUCUCUCUCUCUCUCUCUCUCUCUCUCUCUCUCUCUCUCUCUCUCUCUCUCCUCUCUCUCUCUCUCUCUCUCUCUCUCUCUCUCUCUCUCUCUCUCUCUCUCUCUCUCCUCUCUCUCUCUCCAUUAUUUUAUAAUGAAAAAUUAUAUUGGAAAUAUUCCCUAAUGAGUUUUUUUCUUGAAUAUUGUCUGUAAAAUUAUAAUUCAGCUGAAGGGAAAGUAUUUUUUGCCCAUAGACCCCUUUUGCCAUCUUUCUCUUUCUUUCAUUUUGUUUUCCUGUAGUCGCCAUAUUCUCAGAGUACAUGUGCUGAAGUCUGUAGAACCACAUAAGAAUCAUUGUGUUCACUUCCUUCUAGGAAAACUUUCGACGUUACCAAUAUAAAUAAAGGCAUACUUGUAAAAUUCAAUAAAAAGAACCUUACUUCAAAAUU